UUGUAAUGUAUUGUGGUUUGGAUUUGUGGUUGUUUCUCAGCUUCUCAAAAAACAAUUUGUUCUAAAACAAUACUAAUUUUUUAUUUAGCAUAAAUGAUUUCAUUUUAACACAAAGUAUAACAUGACAUCAAACGAAAAAGAAGCUGAUAAAAAUGAAGAUACUUCGGGCGAGAAUCUACCUGCUGAGAAUACUGAAGAAAACGAUAAACUUGCGCUUACUGAAUACGUAUCAAACUUGGAAGCCCGGAUAAAAAAUAAGUCUGAAUUGCGAAAUCAGAAUUUAAACUGCAUUCGUCCACCAGAUAAUCACUUUUCUAAACUAGACUCGGGCUUAAAGAAGAACACAACGUUUGUUAAAAAGCUAAAAUCUUUUAGUGCCACGCAAUUGGAUACGCUUUCAAAAGACUUGAGUGCACUCAAUCUCACAAAAUACAUCUCUGAAGUGGCCGCAGCUAUCGCCGAGGCGAAACUCAAAAUGUCCGAUAUCCCAGCAGCGAUAAACCUUUGUUCCGUCUUGCAUCAAACAUAUUCAGAGUUUUCUACUUUUUUCUUCGAAAAUUGGCAAAAAAUUUUAACAUUUAAAGCAACCGAUAAGAUAACAAACUCAUCAAAAUUACGAGUGGAUCUUCGUUUUUAUGCUGAACUAAUCGCUGUUGGAAUUUUCACCAACAAAAUGGGCCUUCCUCUCUUAGGCAAUGUCCUUACGGUCUUAAUUAAUAUGGAUAAAGAAGAGCACAAUAAUAUUCCUAUAUUGUUGACAUUUUGUAAACAUUGUGGGGAAGACUAUGCUGGGUUGGUACCAAAAAAGAUUAAAGAUACAGCGGAGAAACAUAAUGUUACUAUUCCUAGGAACACAUUUUUACCAGCCGAAAAACAGACAGUUGUCAGAAGUCUUCUAAAGGACUAUUUUUUAUCACUCACAAAACAUUUGUUGGCUGAGAGAGCUCAACUGCAAGCCCUACAUGCUGCUAACCAAAGAACUUUGCAUACCAGAGGUGAACUGUCACAGGAAAGAAAAGAUCAACUAGAACAACACCAGGCAACAUAUGAUAAGCUCUUGGUGGGUGCACAAAACUUUGCUGAGGUACUGGGCGAAGAGUUGGGAGAAGCGGGUGAGCCUCCUACACUUUCCUUCACAGUGAUAGAGACUCCUGGUACUGUGACCAUUGGUGGAAAUGAAGAGAUCAUCAUGCAAGCGGGCACUGAUCCCUGGCAAGAUGAGGACACCAGAACAUUUUAUACUAGUCUACCAGAUCUUAAGGUUUUCAUGCCUAACUAUCAAGUAAAAGAGGCUGUAAAGAGUAAACCAGAGACUGAUGUAACUGAAGAAAUGCUGGAUGAAGACUUGAAAGAGGAUGAGCUCAGUGACAGUGAAGAGCCUCUAGUUGUGCCGGAUGUGGAGCAGGAGGAGUCCCAGCCUGCCAAUGUAUCCAACAAGUUAGAACACUUGAUAUAUGCCCUUGAUGCUUUUUUGAAUGAACUGCCAAACUGCAUAAACAGAGAAGUAAUAGAUAAUGCAGCUGUCGACUUCGUUUUGAAUCUCAAUACAAAAAAUAACCGAAAAAAAUUGACAAGAGUGCUAUUCAGUGUUGCCAGAACGAGGCUUGAUUUGUUGCCAUUUUACUCAAGAUUUGCUGGGAUUCUGUAUCCUGUGCUACCUGACGUUUGUGUAGAUCUCUGUCAAAUGCUUAAGCAAGACUUUAAAUAUCAUGUCAGGAAGAAAGAUCAGAUCAACAUUGAGUCUAAGAUCAAAGUUGUAAGGUUUAUUGGUGAAUUAGUUAAAUUUGGCUUGUAUUCAAAAAUGGAAGCUUUGUAUUGCUUGAAAGUUUUGCUCCAUGAUUUUAAACACCACCACAUUGAGAUGGCCUGCAAUUUAUUGGAAACUUGCGGAAGAUACUUAUAUUGCAAUCCGGACACACACCAGAGGACAAUGAUUUAUUUACAGCAAAUGAUGAGGAAAAAGACUGUUUCAGCUUUAGAUUCGAGGUAUGUCACGCAAAUCGAAAACGCGUUUUAUUACGUUUGUCCUCCCGAAGCACCCACUCAGCCAAAGGAAGAAGAACCACCAAUGCAUCAGUUUAUAAGGAAAAUACUCCAUGAAGAUCUACAAAAAAGUAAUGAAGAAAAAAUUUUGAGACUUAUGAGAAAGCUGAAUUGGGAUGAUAAUGAAAUAUCAUCGAUAGCAAUACAGCAUUUAGCUGGGGGAUGGCGAGUGAGGGCCAGCGCCAGGCGAGCAUUGGCGCGUCUCACUGCAGAGUUGGCGGCGUGGCAGGAAGCGGUCGCGCCCGCCGUGGUCGACACUAUACUCGAAGAGAUAAGGAUCACAAUGGAAGACCCCCACCCACGCUACAAUCAAAGGAGAAUAGCAACUGUUAGAUACCUUGGAGAGCUGUAUAACUAUAAACUUCUAGAUUCGAGAGAUGUUUUCACAGUUCUCUAUUCCUUCAUCACUUUUGGCGUCACAAACGAGCACGCCAAUGUCUCAUCACUUGAUCCACCGGAUAACGUGUUUAGAAUAAGAUUAGUUUGUGCAUUGCUCGAGACAUGUGGAGCAUACUUCAACAGUGGGUCAAGCAAAAAGCGGCUAGACUAUUUUCUUGUGUUUUUCCAAAAUUAUUAUUGGUUCAAAUAUUCUGAUCCCUUUUGGACAGAAGAAAAUAAAUUUCCCAUAUAUGUGAAGUAUAUUUACCAAGAGUGUCUGACUAGCUUGAGACCCAAAAUAGUUCUGUAUACAAAUUGGCAGCAAUGUAAGGAUGCUAUUGAGGAGAUCAGGCUAACGUUGUAUCCUGAACUGGAUGAAGAGGAGCAGUACGACAAUGAUGAUCAGGGAGAAGAUAGUGUUGCAGAUGGGUUGAAUACUAUAAUAGAGACUGAUGAUGAAACGGACAACCCAACAAUGCUUGAUGAAAGUUCCGAUGAAGACCCUAUUACAGAGAACGCUGGUAAUGACGAUAACGAUGUACAAGGUGAUGAAAUGGCGAUUGAACCACGGCGGCCUACACCAAAGCCGGUGGAGGAUGUUGAAUUUGAAUCAGCAUUUGAAAAGAUGGUAAUGGAAAAUAUUGCAGAGAGACAGCGCGAAAACAGACCGCAACAAAGAGAUAUUGCUGUGCCGAUGACGUGUCGACAAACUACCAAAAAGACGUAUGAACAGUUACUGGUAAAUCAAGGCAAAGAGGGUGUCGAGUUUGUGUUGAUGGUUAGAAAAGGGACAAAACCACAGUACAAAUCAUUCAAUGCGCCUCCAGAACUGGCAAGUAAUCUACAGCAACAGGCUUUAGCUGAUAAGCAAGAAAUGGAGAGAGUGAAACGUUUAACGCUAAACAUAUCUGAGAGGCAAGAAGAGGAAGAGUACAGUGCAGAGAGUGGUGGCGGAUCUGGAGGAAGUGGCAAUCCUAAUAGGGGGCAGCAUGUUCGACAAAAAUAUCAACAUCCAAAAGGAGCUCCAGAUGCAGACCUGAUAUUCGGACCCAAGAAGUUUAAAUAAAAUGUACUACAUUAUUUAAACUUCUUGGGUCUUGAUUAUUAUUAGUAAUAAUCGCAUCAUAAAAAUAUUACAUGUAUGACAACAUUCAACAUAAUAUUAUAAGCUGAUUAAUAAGUCGGGUUGCAAUUUAUUAAAUUUUAUAGAAGG